AGCACCUCAGGCGGGCGGCUUGAGCUGCUGGCAAGUGGCUGUAGUAGCCAGUCCGGCAAGUUUUUCUAUGGCGGUUGCUGCGCCUCCCGCGACCUGGCGAGUCUGACCGUGUGCUCUGGCUUCAGUGAUGGCUCAUGAAGCAAUGGAAUAUGAUCUUCAGGUGCAAUUAGAUCAUGGUGCUGCAGAUCAGCCUGCUCCUGCUGAGGUGGUCAGCAGCCAAGGGGGACCACCCCUGCUCCAGCCUCCUCAUAGUGAGGAGGUCAGCAACCAGGAGGGACCACCAGUGUUGCUUCCUAUACUUGCUGAGGUGGUCAGCAUCGAAGGAGGACCACCCCUGCUCCAACCCAUUCCUGAGGAGGUGAUCAACAGCCCAGAGAGAGUGCCGCUGCUUCCGCCUAUUCCGCAGAUAUCUGUUGAUCUGACAGAGGAAGUGGAGCUCUCAGGAACAGAGACUGUGGGGAACCUCAAUCCAGGAGUUUUAGAGGAGUUUAGGCUGGAAUCUGGUGCUAACCGCACUCCCCAAGUGCCUUCAUUGGAUUCAAUGAACAGCUUCAUCAGUGGGCUGCAGAGACUUCAUGGCAUGCUGGAAUUCCUGCGACCAACUUCAGACCGCAGUGUGGGGCCCGUGAGAGCGAGGAGGAAUAGGAGGAGUUCUGCUUCACGGAGGGCAAGAGCAGGAGGGUCCCAGAGGACAAACAGUGCCAGGUUGAGAGCACCGUUGGAUGCUUUCUUUCAAGCGAGCAGGACCCAGCCUCAUUCGUCAACCACCUCUUACGGUUCAGAGACUAGGAAUCCUGUCUCUGAUGACUUGCAGGUAUCAGGUGGUUCUGAUUCUGACAGUGACAGCUCCACAGAGUUUGAGGAGGGAGUUGCCCAGGCAGAGGAGCCUGAAGCUGUUGUUUUAGAAGAGCAACUAGAAGACAUCUCAACAGACCAAGAAGUUACAUGUAUUGGUGGAGAAGACACUCUCCCCAAACAGCAGUCUCCCCAGAAGUCUAACCCUUCUCUAACUUCUGCUUCUGUGGAUGAGGAAGAAGGAGACACUUGUACAAUCUGUCUGGAACAGUGGACCAAUGCUGGGGAUCACCGGCUCUCUGCAUUGCGCUGUGGGCACCUCUUUGGGUACAAAUGCAUUUCAAAGUGGCUCAGAGGACAGACCCGAAAAUGUCCCCAGUGCAACAAGAAAGCCAAGCAAAGUGAUAUCGUUGUCCUUUAUGCCCGGACCUUGAGAGCUUUGGACACUAGUGAGCAGGAGCUCAUGAAGAGUUCCUUACAAAAGGAACAGAAGCUAAGGAAGAAGGCUGAGUUAGAUUCGGCACAGUGUCGGCUGCAGCUUCAAGCCCUCACUGAUGAAUGCUCUAGGCUUCAAAGUCGUGUUCAGGACUUGCAAAAACUUAUUGGUCAGGAUAAGAUCUCACAGCAGCCUGGGGGUUCCCAACCACAUUUCCUAAGUGGCCUGCCCUCCAGCCAGAGUCAACAGAAGUACCAUUUCCAGAAGACAUUCACAGUGUCUCAAACUGGAAACUGUCGAGUCAUGACAUACUGUGAUGCUUUGAGCUGCCUGGUGGUGUCACAACCUUCUCCUCAGGCCGCCUUCCUUCCAGGCUUUGGUGUUAAGAUGUUGAGUACUGCCGACAUGAAAAGCAGUCAGUAUAUUCCUAUGCAUGGCAAACAAAUACGUGGACUGGCUUUCAGCAGUCGAUCCAAAGGCUUACUUCUGUCUGCUUCCCUGGACAGCACAAUUAAACUGACCAGCCUGGAAACAAAUACCGUGGUCCAGACUUACAAUACUGGGCGGCCUGUCUGGAGCUGCUGCUGGUGUCUUGAUGAAAACAAUUACAUCUAUGCUGGACUAGUCAACGGUUCAAUUCUGUUAUAUGACCUUCGAAAUACAAGCUCUCACGUCCAGGAGUUAGUACCUCAGAGAGCUAGAUGCCCGCUAGUAUCCCUGUCAUAUGUGCCCAGAGCUGCCUCUGCUGCAUUUCCGUAUGGUGGCGUAUUGGCUGGAGCGUUGGAGAAUGCCUCUUUUUGGGAGCUGAAAAUGGGCUUUACUCAUUGGCCUCAUGUGCUGCCCAUGGAGCCUGGGGGCUGCGUAGACUUUCAGGUAGAGAGCAGCACCCGCCACUGUCUCGUGACCUAUAGGCCUGAUAAAAAUCACAACACCUUACGAAGUGUGCUCAUGGAGAUGUCCUAUAAACUGGAUAAUGCUGGAGAGCCCAUCUGCUCCUGCCAUCCUGUACAAACAUUCCUUGGGGGACCCUCCUGCAAAUUGCUAACCAAGAGUGCCAUUUUCCAAAAUCCAGAGAAUAAUGGCAGCAUCCUGGUGUGUACUGGGGAUGAAGCAUCAAAAUCUGCCCUGCUGUGGGAUGCUGGCAGUGGCUCGUUGCUGCAGGAUCUGCAGGCCGAUCAGCCUGUCUUGGACAUCUGCCCAUUUGAGGUGAAUCAUAACAGCUACCUGGCUACCUUAACAGAAAAGACCGUCCACAUCUAUAGGUGGGAGUGACCAUGGUCUUGAAACUUAUCAAUCAUGUUGCUGGUUAAUGUUACAUGUUGUUUGCUAGUACCUCACAGCCUUGAGCAAGAUCUGUGCUUAUUGUCUGUGGCCUAGAACUUGUGGGAUCAUGGUUCCAUUAGGUUAAUAUGAUCCUCGGAUUCCAGGUCAACAAAACACUAUAGAUGGUGUAUCUUCAGUGUCCAUCAAAAGAAUAAGUGACUGGUACUCCAUCAACAUUAUCCAUUUCUUGGGUUAAAAGCCUUCAUGAAUCUUUGUUGAGAAUCAGUGUUUGAUCAGACUUUCUGCUGGGCCUUGGAGAGUAUCCUCCCUGCAGUCACUUGGGAUAUGAAUGUACACCAAGCAUUUCUGGAUGUGACAUCCCACCCGAGUUGUCUUGUCACUUGACUGCAUGACUUGGGAGUGCUUAUGUUCCUGAUGGGACUAACCAUUCUGAUGCUUCUUGGAUGCAGUGUGGAUGCAGAAGUCUUCAAUUGAGCACAAGAGGGCACUAUACAAUCUGCUGAAGGAUUUGACCUAUUUCUGACCUUGUUGGCUGAUAAUCUUUUAGUAACUUGGUCUCAUCCCCACAGAACUGUGUGGGAGAGCUCAUCUGGUCUGCUCUGUGGCAGGAACAGCUUUGUUCAGGUGUGCAGUGCCAGGAUAGUGGUAAACCCAGUGAUGAUGGCAGCUGACGAGCUGUAGAUCCUUUCCUAAUGCCAAGUGUAUGGGGUUCAUCACGUGCAAAUCAAGGAAAGAGACCAAUUGUUUGAGCAGUGGGGAAGACUCACUUUUUUCCUAGGCAGCUAAGAUCUCAGGAUUGGUUUUAUAUAAGCCAGUGCUUUGUCCUCUCACUAGGAAAAGAUGGAGCCAUAUGUCAAAGCUCUUACUAGUAUGAGA